AAGAACUGCGCAUGCUCGGCUCGAUCUUCCACCAAAUUCGAACAAUAUGGCGGCGCUGUUGACAACAAUAACAGAGGAGUGGAUACGAGAGAAGCUACAUCUAAAUCACCACUGCCUUGCGGAUGUGAGAUCACUGAGCCUCCCAGGCUCGUACAAGGAGAAAAUCAGACAUCUGGGAAUCUCACUAAAGAACUUUGUCCGUUUGAAAACCCUGAACCUCUCCUGUAAUGCACUCAUCUCUGUCGAGGGGGUCCAACACUUGAAGAUGCUGGAGAGGCUGAACUUGUACUACAACAGCAUUCCCUCCCUUCAGGAGGUCAAAGUGCUCUGCAAGCUGACUGCUCUGAGAGAGCUGGACCUGAGGCUCAACCCUCUGGCUAAAACAGAUCCACACUACCGCCUGUACUUGGUGCACGCACUGUCCAACCUUCGCAAGCUUGAUGACUGUCCAGUCAGGGACAGUGAGAGAAGAGUUUCAAUCAUGCAUUUCUCCUCAGACUCUGCGCUCGGACCCCAACAGAUGAGCUCCUCAGAGACAGACAUCACUGACCAGAGGAGCAGUAAGCCGAGGUUGGCCUCAGUAAAUCGCCUGACCAAGAAGCUCUCUGUCCUGGAUGACAACGAUGACAUAGUGUUGAACCUUGUUGCUAAGAGCAACUGGGACCAAAGUGAACCUCUGUUCCUUACUGGCUCUUUCCACAAGGAACCAGAGUCCCAGCUCUAUCAUCAGAUCAAAGAUGAGUCUUGUCAUUCCCAGUCCAAUGGUCUACGUUUAAGAGAAGGAUCUCGAAUGAAAGGUUCUUCCUCCUCGUUGAAAACGUCAGAGGGGCCGAGGGUAACCUUUAACCCCUGUGUAGAGAAACACAGCGGGGCUAGCUCUGGACGGGAGGAGCGAGAGAAACUCCCCAAACACCUGAGAGUCACAGCCAAGGGCCACUUCACCCCUCAUCCUGAUCAAGCAGACCAGCCUAAGUCUUCCUUAGUGAAGAUCCGCCCCCCCAGUCCACGAAGUCUCUGUCCAAAUAGCUCUGAUGCCUCCAACCCCAUCCUGCACCCUCCCAGACUGUCCUACCAUAACACUCAGCAGACAGCAGGGGGCUCCACCUCACCACAGAAACAUGCCAAGCAACAGAAGGGAAGCUAUAGGAAACCAAUGGAGAUGCUGCUGAGCCUAGUGGACAAGCACUGGACAGGGGAGAAGCCACUGAACCAUGACCACAACUUCCUCUCUCAGGCAGUCCAGAUCCUCUCCAUGAUGGAACAAGACAUCUCCAGUGGAGAAGACGAGGUCAGGACGUUGAGAGGGAACGUUGAAGAGCUGAAGGAGCAGGCAGAGAUACGAGACCAAGAACACAGGACAGAGACCCAUAGACUAACUACACAGCUGAAAGAAGCACGCAUGUCUGUUGACAGCGUGAAUGAGCAGCUGAGGAUACUAUUGGACGAUAACAUCUCUCUACAGAAACAGAUGAUCAAAUUAGAACAACAAUAUCUCAACUCUAUGAUGAAAAGUUCACCUAACACUGAGAUAUGUGAGAGGCAGGCAGAGGUGGAUGAGCUGAGGAGGAAGGUAUCAGAGCUGAGGGAGAAGGUCCAGGAGGGGGAGAGAGUCAAGGAGCUGGCAGAUAUGCUGCAGGAUAACCAUAGGUCACUGGUUGCAACUAAUGAGCGUUUGCUGAGAGAACUGGAGGGGACUGGGAGACUGCUCUGAGAGGGAGGGGCAGCUUCACGUCAGAACUACAACAACCAGCAGGCCUACAACUACAACACCAGGGCCAUGUUCAGUAGCUAAAUGUUAUGGAACAUUGCAGGUAGAAAUGUCAUGAGUAGAGCUGAUUCCUUAUUUUACAUGAUGUCAGAGAGAAAUGUAGAACUAACAUUCCUAUCUGAACGUUCCACAACAUUGUCCUGCUGAAUGAGCACCAGCACCAGAUUCCUUCAUCUUAGCUCUAUAUAUACUGGUGCCAGCAUUUACACUGUUCUUUUGACGCUUUGGGAUUAAUUUUGAGCACGUAAACUUGUCAUAAUUUUUUUUUUAAACUUCUGUAUAUCAUCAUGCUUUUACUGUAUCCACACCUUUACACUGUUCCUUACUGACUGUAUCCACACCUUUACACUGUUCCUUACUGACUGUAUCCACACCUUUACACUGUUCCUUACUGACUGUAUCCACACCUUUACACUGUUCCUUACUGACUGUAUCCACACCUUUACACUGUUCCUUACUGACUGUAUCCACACCUUUACACUGUUCCUUACUGACUAUCCACUAUCCACACCUUUACACACCCUUUACAAUCUCAAUAUUUAUGACUCUAGACAUGUUUAAAUGAUAAAGUAUUUAUUGUGUUAAA